AUGGCUACUGAUAUCCAUGUCUUGAUUGUUGGUGCAGGUGUUGGAGGAUUGGCAUUGGCCCUGAUGCUCGAGCGUGCAUCAAUUUCUUACGAACUCCUUGAAAAGUCAACAGAAGUUAGGCAGCUCGGUACUGCUAUCACAUUGAGCUGCAUCAUGCAAAUCUUUGAGCAAUUGGACAUGUAUGAGGAGCUCUUUUCACUCUCAAGGCCUUUUGGUGCUCUUCAUGUCCGCGAUGAGGAUUUGAGCUAUAAGGGCACUUUCUGGUCCCGCCCUCCAGGGGACGAUAUCGAAGGCCUCUAUGGCGACUAUCCCCGCGUUAUUGGACGUCCUGAUCUUAUUAAAUUGCUAAUGUCACGUAUUCCUGCUAAUCGUAUCCAUUUUGGGAAACGUGUUCUCUCAACAACUCAGGAUGAACAUCAAGUGAUUGUGAAAUGUGCAGAUGAAACCACAUUUACAGGAAGUGUGCUUGUUGGCGCGGAUGGUGCCUAUAGUAGUGUUCGUCAGAACAUGUACCGAGAGCUUGAAAAAACCGGCCUGUUACCUAAAACGGACGCUUCGCCUAUGGGUUGUAGCUUUGAAUGCGUGGUGGGCAUCUCGAACCCUGUCAGUCCAGAUGAUUACCCAGUUCUAAAACAAGACUUUAGUGAAUUUGAGAUUAUCCUCGGAAAAGAAGCUCCGUAUGGUACCUACCAAUGCAAAAUAACAGAAUUGGGUUUCUUAUCACUCAUGAUGUGCGUAGUCAAGGUACACAUGAACAGAGGACCCAAAGGUGUUCUGAAUGGGGAUAUGAUGCUGCUAACAAUGUACUUAAUGAUGUACGCCGCUUCCGCUGCCCUUACGGAGGCAAAAAUGAGAAAGAGAGAAGCAAAGCUAAUUUACCUCAUCAUCUAUGUCAUUCGUAGUUCUUCAACACUUGGUACUCUGGCAGAACAGUCAUACUUGGAGAUGCUUGCCACAAGGUACAUUCAAAUUAUGUGCAGUAAAAGCAUCAAACUCUCAGUGGCAGACAAUGCUUCCAAUUGA